AUGAACAACGGGGUAAGAGCAGCACUAGAACUGAGUGCCGAAAAUUUAGUGAUCGUGGGUGACUCGAGGCUUGCAAUCCAACAAUACCUAGGGGUGAUUGCAUGCCGAAAGAAGACGCGCAUGGCCAAAUUAAACUACCACAAGGAACUGACGUCAAAGUUAAAGUCAGUCAAGUACCUUCAUAUUUUGAGAAGGGAAUUCAAUGCAGCCGCGGACUCACUAGCGACGGAAGCACUGGAAUCGAAGACAUCAAAAGUGGUAUUAGAUGAAAGCCGAAAACCCGAGUUGACAGGACUCAAUCGCAUCCGAGAAGUGAUCUACGACUCCAGUCAAACCAGAAUUGAGGUAAAACCCGUUGCUGAAGACUCAACUCGAAGAAUUAGCACAAUUUUAGCCUCUCAGCGGAUACAAUUAGAGCGACGACUGAGAAUUGCUAUCGUCCAAGACGAAGAGCUAAAAUGGAUAAAUCUGAAAACGGUUUACUUGGAAACUCCGACAAGCUCAAAUAUAGAGCUGCCCGAGAUGCAGCGAUUUCUCUUGACGGACGAUAAUGUGCUGUAUUAUAUGAACCCGACUCCGCGGAACCAACAAACCAAUCAACAGGAAUUGAGACUGCGACUGGUAGUUCCAACUACGAUGAUCCAAGAGGUUCUUCAAAACAACCAUGACUCAUUGGAAGGAGGACAUCAAGGUGUAGUGAGGACAUAUCAACGAGUGAAGCAAGAUUAUUAUUGGUUUGGCCUUUACGCAGACGUUGAAAAACACGUGAAGUCGUGUCCGGAUUGUAGUUCAAGUAAGAGCAAACCCCAGUUGAGAGGAUACUCUCCCGGCAACAUUCUCGCUGAAAGGCCAUUCCAGAUUGUGUCGAUGGAUUUCGUGAUUCCACUGCUGAAAUCUCGGCAAGGCAACACGGCGCUACUGCUAUUCUAG